AUGGCUAAUGGCCAGUGGCGGUUCUGCGGCAACCGAUUCGGAGUAGAAUCUCCUCAUGGUUGCUCAUUACACCAUUACGGCGAGUAUGAAGAUAACCGCUUUUUCCAGAUGGCGAAGAAGAAUUUGGACUAUGAGCUCCCGAGCAAGUUCCCCCACGAGCAGAUCGGAUGGCAGAUGGACAUACCCAAGCUCGGAGAUAUCCGCUUUCCGUUCACUAUGUGCAUGGGUCUGAUCAGUGGUCAACCGAGCUUUGUUCGAGUUCUAAAGGUCUCGCCAGACGGUUCGCCCGCUGAGAUCUGUGAGAUCGUUAAGGUAGCAGAUAGGGAUUUGCAGCUCACCAAACCCGAGACCAGCAACGACCGUUCCUCGGACGACUCUGCAGAGGCAAAUGCAAUUCCUCGAAAGCCAGCAGUUCUCCUUAGUAUAAUCGAGGAGGAAGAGACAAACGAAGAAGCAUAUAAUGAUGCCGCCUCUUAUAUGACCUAUAACCAUGCUAUCAGAGAGGCCAAUCGAGAGCGAGAACGGGGAUUAAAAGACUCCCAGAAAGCCAGAGCAGCUGAGAAAGCAGCAAAAGCCGCUUCUUCCAAGUCCAGGGCCAAGUUGCAGAAGCCGGAGAGUAUGAAAGAGAAAAUAGCUGCAGCAAAGCGGAAGAAGAAAGACUGA